AUGAUUUGGCGGUGUCUGUCUGUUCUGUGCAUCCUCCUGAUGUGCAUGCCGUUCGAGAGCUCCUCCUUUCCUCUUGGCCAGAGAGGAUCGCUGACCUUUUCUCAUUCAUUGCAUCUCACACGGACUGUUCGUUCACGUGUGCAAAAACUGCUGACUCAAUAUAAACAACAGAUGUUUGGCGACGAGCUCUUUGAAUACAGGGAAAUAAUGCUAAGCACUUUACCAGCUGUCACUGUCAGUUAUCAAAUCUGGCUACAGAUGCAGGACAUCAAUCGUUUGCAGUUGGCCUAUCAUCACCUCCAAACCUUCUGGACUCACCUGGAAGAUCAACGGCAGCUCCUAGAGAAAGAAAAAGAGGAAAAUAGAAGAGAACUGAGAAGAGAUAAGCGAGGCAGGCCUCAGGCUACCUUAUGUCAAAGGUUUAUGGCUCUACAAAUAGACAUGCGGGACUUAAUAAGACAAGUUAACUCUCAGUUGGAGAGUCUGAUCCCCAAUCAGGAUGCUCAUUCUACAUCCACAAAAUCCCCAUUACCCUACUCCACGCCAACAUCUAGUCGGAUUCCCACAACGCACAGAUCCACAGCAAGCACCACUCUACACAGCAGCACGAAGCUACAGACACCCUCCAACACCAACGCUCCCCAAAGCUCCACAACUCAGACCUCGACCCAGGCCAACACAAAACUCUCUGCAAAAACAGAGAAAACAUCUGUGGGUGUAACAGUGACCCCCAAAUCUACAAAGAAAUCAACUGUGCUUCGUUCAGGGGAAAGCCAGCUAUCUGUAGACAGGCAGCAGCGAACAACUCUGUCCUCUGGGUCAUCCCGCUGGUAUCAGCAUCUGAAAGGGUACGUUAUACUGAGAGAUCUAGAGAGGUUUUUGAGCAGAUUGGCACGUGACUAUAUAGUACUCCAAGCUAAACAAACAUAA